CGCGCGAGGCCCGGGCACAGCUUUCCUGUGUGGUUUCAGCUGCCAGAGAGUGUCAUGGACUUGGGGAGGCCAAUGAGAAGCCUGCUGGUGGUGGCACUCCUCGUGGUUUUCCAGGUGUGCUUGUGCCAGGAUGAGGUGACAGAUGACUACCUCGGCGACAAUACAACAGUGGACUACUCACUCUUCGAGUACGUGUGCUUCAAGAAGGAUGUGCGGAACUUCAAGGCCUGGUUCCUGCCCAUCAUGUACUCGGUCAUCUGCUUCGUGGGGCUGCUGGGCAACGGGCUGGUGGUCCUGACCUACAUCUACUUCAAGAGGCUGAAGACCAUGACCGACACCUACCUGCUCAACCUGGCGGCAGCCGACAUCCUUUUCCUCCUGACACUUCCCUUCUGGGCUUACAGUGCAGCCAAGUCCUGGGCCUUCGGGAUCCACGUCUGCAAACUCAUCUUUGGCAUCUACAAGGUGAGCUUCUUCAGCGGCAUGCUCCUGCUCCUUUGCAUCAGCAUCGACCGCUACGUGGCCAUCGUGCAGGCCGUCUCGGCCCACCGCCACCGGGCCCGCGUGCUGCUCAUCAGCAAGCUCUCCUGCGUGGCCAUCUGGCUGCUGGCCACGGUGCUGGCCACCCCGGAGCUGCUCUACAGCGGCCUCCAGAGGAGCAACAGCGACCAGACCUUGCGGUGCUCGCUCAUCACCCAGCACGUGGAAGCCUUAAUUGUCAUCCAGAUAGCACAGAUGGUGAUUGGUUUCCUGGUACCCCUGCUGGUCAUGAGCUCCUGCUACCUGGUCAUCAUCCACACAUUGCUCCAGGCGCGAAACUUUGAGCGCAACAAGGCCAUUAAGGUGAUCAUCGCCGUGGUCGUGGUCUUCUUGGUCUUCCAGCUGCCUUACAACGGGGUGGUCCUGGCCCAGACCGUGGCCAACUUCAACACCACCAGCAGCAACUGUGAGCUCAGCAAGCAGCUCAACAUCGCCUACGACGUCACCUACAGCCUGGCCUGCUUCCGCUGCUGCAUCAAUCCAUUCCUGUAUGCCUUUAUCGGUGUCAAGUUCCGCAAUGACCUCUUCAAGCUCUUCAAGGACAUGGGCUGUCUCAGCCAGGAGCAGCUGCGGCAGUGGUCAUCCUGCCGGCACACCCGGCGGGGCUCCAUGAGUGUGGAGGCCGAGACCACCACUACCUUCUCCCCAUAGGCAGCUCCUUUGCCUGGAUCAGAGACUCCCCUCCUGGGGACCCCUGAGAUGCCUACCCCUAGGGAGAAGAGGCAAGGACUCACCCAAAAGCUGUUGCAGGGCAAAGCAGUUCUGGCCACUGCGGUGGACCUCAGAGCAGACACCUGUGCCCCGAAAGACAGCUUACACCCAACCCUAGCUACCUCAACCAAGGUUGCAAAGAGAUGUGGCUGCUUGAGACUAGGCCAGAACCAGCAACACUCCGAAAGCCAAGGUUGUGGUCUCUCAAACCAGAAGCCAGAGGUGAAUGCCAAUUAGCCACCCACAUGACUGCUGGAAAGCAGGGGACAGUACGCGCUCUGGCAGUGGACAUGGACUGGUGAAUUCUCUGAAUGACCUAGAAGGAAGUCAUCCCACACAUACCAGGGCCAUGGUCAGGUCUUCCUGAUCUCUGAGGCCAA